AUGCUGAAUGUACUGGCAUACAAAGGAUCGGAUCGGAGCCUUGUCUACAGCUUUCGAAAGUUCCCAAAAUUUCAGAUCAUCCAGAGAAACGUAUCCGAAGUUCGCAGAUAUUUUGAGCCACAACUAAAGGAUCUGGGUGGCCAUGUCCUGAGAAUUCUGCCCGACAACGUCAUUCCCCGCACUGUGGUCUACAGGGAUGCCAAUGGAAACCGCCAGCUAGAGGGAUACCUCAGCGAGUUCAUUAGAAAUUACGUGAGUACCAUUAAUGCCAGUCUCCAAAUAGUUUGGGACUCGGUUCCAGAACAUGCCAUCACGGGAUACGCGGAAUUAAUUCGUAAAUCGGAAGAGGCGGAUAUAGACAUACCACUGGCGGUAUACGGCAUAGAUCUGGAAUCGCCCAAAAGGGGAGUGCCCAUCGAAAUCUCCGGCUGGUGGCUGAUGCUUCCGAUGGAACCAAACAUGCCAAGAACACGAUUUUUCCUCAAUCUCGGCCUGCAGGGAAUGGCACCAAUGGCCCUUAUAAUGGCCGUGGUCUUAUGCAAUGCCCAUCGAAUGGAGGUCGGGUUGGGACCCAGUAUCUGGUGCUUCUACAAUUUGGUGAAUAAAGCAAUCCGUGGAAUUCUUGCUCAGCCCUUCGUCCUGCCUAGAAAUCUGUCCUUAAAACUAAUGUUGAUCUAUUGGUUACUUUUCAUAAGUGGUUUCUUCUUAGCCAAUUAUUACACGGCAAACUUGGCUACUUGGCUGGUGCAUCCACCUGCAGGCAACCCCAUCAGAAGCUGGGAACAACUGCAAGCUUCGGGGGUCAAGAUUUUGAUAGUAGAUGAAGACUUUCGUGUGUUGGAAGAUAUUCUGGGCAUGGAGUUCAUAGACGCCAGAAAGGAUAUAUUCGUGGUAACCGACAAUUCUGGUGAUUUUCAGAAGAAACGUCUGUGGCUGGAUCAAUCCUAUGCCUAUCCAGUUACCUCCACUUUGUGGAGGAACCUCCACUUUACCUCCUAUUCUAAAGAUUUCGCAAGAUAG